AUGUUUUCAAAUGUGAACCAAAAUUAGUACACUUAAUAAGAAGUCUAGAAAAUUCAAUCUAAGUAUAUGCCAGUAAAUAUGCUAGGAAUGAUUGCGAAACCUCAAUAAAUUAGCUACAUACAAUAACCUUGCUUUGGAAAACGAAGAUUUUCUGCUGUUCGGAAGACUAAGAAAUCAAUGGCAUUUAAAGCACUAGAUUCAGGCAAUAGGGGUUUUCUUUUCAAAGAAGAGAUUAUCAAUUUGAUAAGGAUUGAAGGAAUUUCCAAACAUUCAUCUUUAUAAGAAUUGAAUUAAUUACUGAAGAAUAAGAGCUAUACAGAGCCAAUAAACUAAAAGGAAUUUACAAAGAUUGUAAGUGGAUAAAACUUUUUGAAAAAAGUCUUUGAAUAAGACUUAAUAAUACCCGAAUUCGAGGCAUUUAAGAGAAGACUAGGCCAAUCAUACGAUGAAAUCAAAUAAGACGAUAAUAAUGAGUACUCUCAUGGUGAAAUAGCAUCAUACAUACCACCUCUAGCUAAGGCUAAGAGAGAGUGGUUUGCUACUGGAUUUUGUUCUACUGACUCAUAAUUUACUUAAUUUGGAGAUACAAAUAUUAAUUUUUCAAUCUAAUCUAUUGGAAAAGUUGUUGCUUAUGCUUUUCUACACAAUCUUAUUGGUGAUGAAGUUCAUAAGUGGGUUGGCGAAGAACCAAGUGGAGCAGCAUUCAAUGCCCCAGUAUUUGACAAAAAAGGAAGGCCUCACAAUCCUAUGAUUAAUGCAGGAUCUAUAAUGGUAUGUGCAUUAAUAUUAGACAAGGAUUAAACACUAGAUGAUUUGAUUGAGUUUUAUAAAUAGGCUUCCUCAGUUGAAGAAUUGGAAGUUGAUUAAAAUCUAUUUUUAUAAGAAUUUGGAGCAAUGCUAGCAAAUAAUGGUGUUAAUCCAUCAACUGGAGAGAGAAUAAUAAAUCCUAAUACUGUUCAAGCUGUGGUUACUUUGAUGACAACUUGUGGAAUGUACGAUGGAGCUGGUAAAUUUACAAAAGAUUUAGGUGUUCCAAGCAAGAGUGGAGUUUCAGGAGGCCUUAUUUCAGUUAUUCCAGGAAUCGGAGCAUUUUCAACUUUUUCUCCACCUAUAAAUCCAGAAGGAAAUACAGUCAGGGGUAUUGGAAUUAUCCAUAAGCUUAAUUAAGUCUAUAGCAACUUCAAUUUAUUUUACAAAAAUACUAGUAAAUUUGACGUCACUAGAAAACCAUUUUAAACAAAGAUUCAAACUACAAUUUUCGCCAUCUCUUUAGCUUCAGUUGGAGAUAUUGAAGGUUUAAUUAGAUUACAUAAUUAGUAAGCUAAUUUAGAAGAUGGUGAUUAUGAUAAAAGGACACCAUUACAUUUGGCUUCAGCAGGAGGUCAUCUUGAUUGUGUGAAAUUCUUGUCGUUUAUAAAUGUCAAUAUUAAUCCAAGAGAUAGAUGGGGAUCAACACCACUUAAUGAUGCUUAAGGUGAAAAAUUAAAAUAAUAUUUAAUUUCAAAGGGAGGCGAACUUGGAUAAAGUUGUACUUAUAAACCAGUAAAGAAUCCAAGUGACAGUGACAAUCAAUUUAGGCUUUUGUAUGCUGCUGCUGAAAAUAGAAUUGAACUUAUUAAAAGUAUCCAUCUUUAAGGCUUUGAAUUUAAUUCUUAUGAUUAUGAUGGACGAACAGCUCUCCAUUUAGCCGCCUCUGAGGGUCAUCUUGAAAUUGUGAAAUAUUUGGUAGCUCAUGGGGCCGAUCUCUCAAAAGUGGACGCGAGAGGGAACUGCCCAAUAGCUGAUGCCAUUAGAGAAAACAAACAAGAAGUUGUUGAUUACCUUAACUCCAUAAAACAGUAAAGCAACACUUGA